UUAUUUCCCCCCUCUCUCUCCAUGUCAGCAGCAGCAUAGGCGUCAGAAUGCGGGCAGCCAAAGCUUGCUCCCCUACCGGUUCAUCCACAGACACAAUCCGUUCUCACUCCCCAUAAACUCCCUGCUCGUCAUAGAAGUGAGCUUUCGGAAUCUGGUCUGUAAUGUUUAUCAUUUGAAUUUUGAAGACGGUGUUCAUGUGAGAACAUUCUGUACGGAAUAAUGUGAGCAAGAGAAAAGCAAGACGUAGACGAACUGUUUUUUACGGGUGGGUGGAAAAACAGGCAUCCGGCCUCCGAGGAAGCGCCUAUCGAGGUGUGGAAGUCAGAUCGAAACAAAGUACAUCGUUUCUGGCCCUGCCAGCCCAGCCAACCCUGAGGAGUGUGUGAUGGAGAAGAUGAAGAGGUUUAAGCGGCGUCUAUCUCUAACGCUGCGCUCCAGCCACACCAUAGACGAGUCUCUGUCUGAACUGGCCGAGCAGAUGACCAUCGAGGACGGCGGCAACAAGGACAGCGAGCCGAUCGUGCGUAAUGGGCGACCGCCCUCCUCCCACAGCAUGCACUCGUUCCUGCACCAGUACACCGGCUCCUUCAAGAAGCCCCCCCUCCGCAGACCACACAGUGUCAUCGGAGGAAGCCUGGGCUCCUUCAUGACCUUCCCCAGCAACGGCAGCCGCCUCGACAUUGUCCAUGAGAACCUGAAGAUGGGCUCAGACGGGGAGAGUGACCAGGCGUCUGGGACGUCGUCGGACGAGGUGCAGUCGCCCACCGGGGUGUGUCUGAGGAACAGGGUGCAACGACGCAUCUCCAUGGAGGACCUGAACAAGCGUCUGUCUCUGCCUGCUGACAUCCGUAUCCCUGACGGUUACCUGGAGAAGCUGCAGCUGAGCAGCCCUACCUUCGACCAGCCCCUCAGCCGACUCUCACGCAGGGCCUCACUGUCAGAGAUUGGUUUUGGGAAGCUGGAGACCUACAUCAAACUGGACAAACUGGGAGAGGGGACCUAUGCUACAGUAUUUAAGGGCCGUAGUAAGCUGACUGACAACCUGGUGGCGCUAAAGGAGAUCCGGCUGGAGCACGAAGAGGGAGCACCCUGCACCGCCAUCAGAGAAGUGUCGUUACUGAAGGACCUGAAACAUGCCAACAUCGUGACCUUACAUGACAUUGUCCACACAGAUAAGAGCCUGACGCUGGUCUUCGAGUACCUGGAUAAAGACCUGAAGCAGUACAUGGAUGACUGUGGGAACAUCAUGAGUAUGCACAACGUCAAGAUCUUCUUGUUCCAGAUUUUGCGGGGGUUGGCGUACUGCCACAAGCGGAAGGUUCUCCACAGAGACCUAAAGCCCCAGAACCUGCUCAUCAACGAGAGAGGGGAACUCAAACUGGCUGACUUCGGUCUGGCACGGGCUAAGUCUGUCCCCACUAAGACGUACUCCAACGAGGUGGUGACUCUGUGGUACCGGCCUCCUGACGUCCUGCUAGGCUCCUCCGAGUACUCCACACAGAUUGACAUGUGGGGUGUGGGGUGUAUAUUUUAUGAGAUGGCUGCAGGUCGGCCCCUGUUUCCUGGUUCCACCGUAGAGGACGAGCUCCACCUCAUAUUCAGACUGCUGGGCACGCCAUCAGAGGACAGCUGGCCAGGGAUCUCUGGCGUCGAGGAAUUCAAAUCCUACAACUUCCCCAAAUACAAACCUCAGCCGUUCAUCAACCAUGCGCCCAGGUUGGACACAGAAGGCAUUGAUCUGGUGUUAUCAUUCCUGAAAUAUGAGUCCAAGAAGAGGAUCUCAGCAGAUGAAGCUAUGAAGCAGGCCUACUUCAAGAGCCUGGGGACACAGGUCCGCACACUGCAUGAGAGUAUAUCAAUAUUCACUCUGAAGGAUAUCCAACUGCAGAGAGACCCUGGCUAUCGGAACUCCUCACACCAAGAGUCAGGCAACAGCAAGAACAGAAGACAGAGCAUGCUCUUCUAGACGUUCUGCUCCAGGGUGGAGCUGGUUCAUGUUGCUAUAGUAACCGACUCUCGCUUGGGAUGAGAAUGAACAGGACAGAGCCCCCUCUCGCAUGAGCCCCUCACCCCUGGAGAGACCCCCUCACCCCCAUAGAGCGAGUGAGUCUGGAGUUGAUUGGGGAGGGAGAGAUGAACUACGUUUAUUUAUUUGAAGAUAUGGAAGGGGGUUAGGGGGUAUAUUUUGCUGCUAAACUACUACUGUCUGUAUUUAACACGCAGUUUGUGUAUAUGAUUAUGUGAACUCCGACACCAUGCACAACCGACCAGUCGCUAAGGUUACUAUUGUUAUUGAUAUGAAUUAUGGUUAUUAUGAUUCCACUGAUGAUCUCGAUGUUGUUUAUCAUAGCUGUUACCUUUGCUGUUGUGCAUGUCAUUGUGUUCAGAGACUGAAUGCCUUUUUAGCAUUUUUUUUCUCAAGUACUUUCUCAAGCUUCCUCUGAUGGCAGUGUGACUGAAGUGAGACCAGACUAGUGCAGACUGGGAGAGAGGGACUGGGAGUGUCUGGUCCUCAACUGGAAAUCUUUCUUCUGAACUGAAUCAUUUCCCGGCCUCCCUCUCAUUCUCCUUGACCUAGAACGUUUCAGGAGCCAGACUGGGGUUAGGAAGGGGUCAAAAUGGGGUUGAGAUGGGGUCAGGAGAGCACAACGACCCUCAGUCUUUUAGGCAACGAAUGGGACCACAGCAGAAGGUGGAGUUUGACUCCCCAGGACAUUUCCGGUCUCCCUCGCCGCUUGUCAUGGCAACAGCAAAGCGGCGAUUAGGGAGGAGAGAAACACUGAAACGCCGCAGGAAGUAAUGUGACAUCCGGAAGGAACCCAUCGGUCUCUCCCUCUGUUUCCCCCACCCCCCAGGAUGGUCUUGACUUAAGUUAUUGUAUGCAAGUUCUUAAUUUUCUCUUCUUGCCUUUUUGGAGGUCUACAAAUACCGUCUGUUUUUGUGCAUCAUCAAUAACUGUAAGCAGUUACUAGUUUUUUGAAUGGCUCUCUACUCUGUAGCUGGCCAUGGGAGUGGGGAUGUACCAUGAUUUCAGGGCAAUACUAGGAUGACUGGUGCUUUAAAAUGGCUGACUUGAUUUGACAGUAUUAAGAGAUGUUGUUUUCUAUGUUAGACCUUUUGACCUCCUUGUGAAUACAGUGUCGUGUGGCAUGUCAAGGGGCAGCAGCUUCGCCUCUCAAAGGAGAAGAAAUACUUGUUGUUUCAGUCUGCAUUGGACCACUCCUCUCUCUUUCCAGCGUUUGUACACAUUUCAAAUUGACAUUUGAAAUAGACUUAAGCCGCUGUGUGUGUUUAACUGACAGUGUUGUAUAUUAAUAUUGUCAUACUGUACUUUUUCACGUUUAAGAAUGACCUGAGCUUACCUGAGCGCGUGCACAUCUGACAUGGAAUGCCAGCUGUGGUAACUCAACCUCUCUGGGACACUGACAGUUGGUGGUCCUGUACCUCUUUUUACUGGAACUAUUUAUUUCUCAUAAUCACAGUAAAAAUGUGUCUGUUUGCUAAAUACAUUUUGUCUUUAUUGUGGUUUUCUGGGUGAAAUUGCAGUAGCUGAUGACACACACACACCAGAUAAAAUGAGUUGUAUAGCAGUCAAUGCUUCAUGUUUAUUUAAAACUGUAAGUCAUUUUUACUUGACUCUCGAACAGCAAAACAAAUAGCAAAUCAUUAUGAGAAUACAUUUGUAUCAAUUCCUUUCUAAAAAAUUUUUUACAAAGCUGUUACAAAUAAGCUUUUGUUUAAUAUUGAACUGGAAUUUCGUCUCUUGAAAAUAAAACAUUUCCAUAACUCUUACGUUUGACAAGGCACAGCCGGUACAAGGUGAUAAUGCUUAGUGUAAUGCAAUACAAAACCAUAGAAAAACCAAUACAACCAGGUUCACAGCCUCAGGUGAACAUAUCAACCACUAUACAAUGAUAUAAAGCGUUAUAACCACGCCCUGUCUCUUAUAAAGCGUUAUAACCACGCCCUGUCUCUUAUAAAGCGUUAUAAC